GGUUUUUUCAAUCAAGAACAUCUAGCCAAUAUACUAAAAGUGAAACAGCUUUUCAAAUCUUCUCCUCAGACCAAACUAUGGCAUUUUCCAACUAUUGUUUCGUUCUGUCUUUGGUCGUAGCAUUUUCGCUCGCAACCACCAAUGUAAGCCUUGCUGCACGCCAGCUUUUGGACACAACGGCCGCUCCACCUCCGGCAUUGACACUGCCUACAAUCCCAAGUUUGCCCAAGUCCACAUUGCCUCCAUUGCCCUCAGUGCCAACACUGCCUCAAGCCACAUUGCCACCACUGCCUAGCACGCCAUUGCCAACUUUGCCAACUCCACCAACUUUGCCAAAGCCCACAUUGCCACCAUUGCCAACUCUACCAAAGUCCACUUUGCCACCAUUGCCAAGCACCCAGAUUCCAUCUUUGCCAAAUCCAACUUCUCCAACCAUCCCUACAGUUCCCAAGGUGACACUACCUCCUCUACCUGCUGCUACUCCAUUGCCCACCAUCCCAACCACAAUCCCUUCAGUCCCCACCAUUCCAACGACAAUUCCAACAACUCCUUUCUUCUCCCCACCACCAUCAAAUUGAAUCACUAGUCCCUGAUAUGCCAAAUUCCCCUUCAUCUUCCUUCUAGCUUCAUCAUUGGAUGGUUCUCUGUACCACUAUUUGAAGAGUUUUUUAAAUGUGUGGUGGGAACCUAUUUGCCUUGGUUUUAUAUAUGUAAGUUCUUUUACAAGCGCGACUAGGUUUAUGUGUAUUUGUUUGUCACAGUGAGGAUUCUCGUGUAUUAUUUUCCAUUAUUCUAGAUUCAUUCUUCGAUCAUUUAAUACUUUUCAGUGUCA